GGUUUUGAAAAAUAUACGAAAUAUAUCCAAAAAAAAACACUAUUGGCGUUAUCUUUCAUUUUCUCGCAGAAUUAAGGUCAAGUUAUCAUGAGAAUAACAUUAACAUCAGUCAACGAUGAGAUUUAUUCGCUGGACGUCAGUGAAGACAUGGAACUGGAAAAUUUUAUGGCCUUAGCUGCUUUUGAAACCACUGUACCGGGUGAACAACUUCAGUUGAAACAUAAUGGAAGGGUAUUAUCUGGAAGGGAAAAAAAAUUGAAAGAAUUUGGCUUGAAAGAUGGUGAUGUUGUACUUUUUGGUCAAAGAGGAGGCUCAUCUAAUGUUUUGGACUUUUCAAAUAUUCAAGUUCCGGUAAAUAGGCCAACACAACCGCAAGCUAGUGGUGGACAAGAAAACCCAGCAGUUCUCAUGGAAAUGUUAAGAAACUCCCCACACGAAUUGGCUCUCCUUAAAGAGAGAAAUCCUCCCUUAGCUUCAGCACUUGAAAGUGGAGACGUUAAUAAAUUUACACAAGUUUUAAUGCAACAAAAAGCUGAUAAAUUGAAAAGAGAACAAGAAAGAUUGCAAUUGCUCAUGAGAGAUCCAAUGGACCCUGAAGUUCAAAAACAUAUUGCUGAAGAAAUCAGGUUAAAAAAUGUCGAAUCCAACAUGGAAACUGCUAUGGAGUAUUCUCCUGAGAGUUUUGGUCAAGUGGUUAUGCUCUAUAUAAAUUGCAAAGUCAACGGUCAUGUUGUCAAAGCAUUUGUGGAUUCAGGCGCUCAAAUGACAAUCAUGUCCAAGGCCUGUGCUGAACGAUGUAACAUUAUGCGUUUAGUCGAUACUCGAUGGUCUGGUAUCGCAAAAGGGGUUGGAACCCAACAGAUUAUCGGAAGAGUUCAUUUGGGUCAAAUCCAAAUUGAAAAAGACUUCCUUCAAUCGUCGUUUUCUAUUCUUGAACAACCAAUGGAUAUGCUACUUGGAUUAGACAUGCUAAAAAGACAUCAAUGUGUCAUCGACUUAAAGCUCAAUGAACUUGUAAUAGGAACAACAGGAACGAAAACGAAAUUUUUGGCAGAGGCUGAACUUCCAGACAAUGCUAGAUUAAGUAUGCAAGCUCCAGACGAUGGAACAGUAACAAUGGAAGAAGAUAGACAAUUAGCUGAAGCUCUUGCAAAGAGUGCUGAGCAAGUUACAAGAACUCAAGUUCCUUCCGCAACGGCAACAGGACCUCAAAGAACGUUUCCCGAAUCUGAUAUUAAUAAAAUAACGAACUAUGGAUUUUCUCGGGAUCAGGUCAUUGAAGAAUUAACAAGAAACCAUGGCAAUGUUGACCAAGCUAUUGCCACUCUUUUUGCAAGAUCUCUAGCUGGCCCAAAAUAA